GUCCCGUCUGACCUCAGAGUCGGAGUUUGCUGUUUUUCUUCUUGACACUGAGAGGACGAGUCCCCUUCUGCCUCGCGCCCCCAAGAAACUAGAACCACCUCGCUCAGACUUCCCAUGGCCCAUUUCACAGUGAUCACUGACAUGGGGCACUCGAGGGUAGGACUGAGAAAGGUGGCAGUGAAAAAAUUCGCCUUAAGCAACUGCUUUAAUGGUGCUCAAACUCCAUACUAACACAAUAGGGAGGAGAUAUUAGUAAUUCAAUUCAUGUCGUCCAGCCACAUAUACAAGGGAGCUGUUGAAGUGAAAGUGGCCAGAUAGAAAAUACGUGGAUAUUUUGUUGCCUCUGGCUGAAAUUUUCCAAUUAUUUCACUUUUUUUGUCUUGCUGACUUUAUUUAAGAAACAUUACUCAACUAGAAACAUGCAAACAUAUAUUGGUAGCGCCUACUGGAAGUCAUUAGGUUAUAGAUGGGCCUGUACAGGGCAAAGAAACUCAAGAACAUGAACAGAAAGAGAAAAGGCAGGUUGUGAGUCUGUGCUGGGGAAGUGCUAGUCUCCUGUCUGAAAAGUUGGGUGUUUUAGGAUCCUGAGCUUGGUGACAAAUCUCUUCCCCUGCCAGUCUUUCCAUAGAUAGAAUAUACAGUACAACAGUAUUCAUUAGCUGCCUCAAAGGCUGGGGGGUUGGGCAAGAUGAUUCAAUACAACUGGAUAAUCAGGUGAACCAUCAAGGUGAUGGAAGAGAGAAGAUUUCUGGCAGUGUGAAGAGGGGACAGGGCAAGAUGACAUGUAUAUGAAGAUAAGUUGUGCACAGAAGUCUCUGUAUAAAAUAGCUCCUCUCUAAUCCGCACAUUUUGGGGAAGUUGGUGGCUUUGGCAGUUCCUCCCAACUUCUUUCUUCAGUGACCAGUGCAGUAAAGCACAGGAUGUUGGGGAAAGAGACCAUGAUAAACAAGUGGUGCAGUGAGCUGGAUUUCUACCAGCUGAAGUGGACUGAUGUCCUUUUUCAGAGGCCUGAAGCAAAAUCCAGGUGCUACUGAGUGUGAAACCCUGAUCUUGUGAAACUGACAUAUGUGGUAUCAAUUGCCCGGUCAUCCAGAAACAGGGACUCCAGAAACAGGGACGGGGCUGUGUUUCUUCUUGUAUAAGCACCUUGUGCUCCAUAUUAGCUCUCUCUAAAUCUAUCUCCAGCACUACUUCAUUUCCCACCCUCACCUUGCUGAGGCAGUGAUGGCAACCUUGAAGAGUCUUUUUGGCCCCUGAUGGCAAUGCAGCGAAAUACAGAAAUGCAAAGUGAUGUCUGCAUGUUCUAUUUAAUAGUGUCAUUGGUUAGGACUUACUCCAUCUGACACAGUUUCCCUUCUUGCUUCUCCGCUCCCCCUCCUUCUAAUUGCUUUGCAUGAGGGGAGGUAUUUUCCCCCUCUCUUCCUCCCAGGACCUGUUUGCCUUGGUAGCUGGGAUAGGGAUCCUGGCAACACAAGCUCAUUUGGUAUGCCCUGUGGGGAGCUCUGUGUUCACCUCUCUACCAGAAUUAUCAUUCAUGUGGGCUCAUACUGUAUAUAGGGUGUUCUGGAGAGUAUAUAAGAACAGGGAGAGUAUAUGUACUCUCACCAGCAUCAUGUUCACAGAACAGUGCAGGAGACCAAAAUAGCCUGAGAAGAUCAUUAUUAAUGGCAGCUGGAAUCUUCCUGACACUGAUGUAUGCUUCUCUUUUCCAGAGCUGACAUUGCUUUGAUCGGAUUGGCCGUAAUGGGUCAGAACCUGAUUUUAAACAUGAAUGACCACGGCUUUGUGGUCUGUGCAUUUAACAGGACGGUGUCCAAAGUGGAUGCCUUUCUGGCCAAUGAGGCCAAAGGAACCAAAGUGAUUGGGGCUCAUAGCCUGCAGGAGAUGGUCUCCAAGCUGAAAAAGCCUCGUCGGAUCAUCUUGCUGGUGAAGGCUGGAAGUGCAGUGGAUGACUUCAUCAAAAGUUUGGUGCCAUUGCUGGAAGCUGGAGACAUCAUAAUCGAUGGUGGGAAUUCUGAAUACAGAGACACCACAAGGCGCUGUAAAGAACUCCGGGAAAAAGGCAUCUUAUUCGUAGGCAGCGGUGUUAGUGGGGGAGAGGAAGGAGCCAGGAAUGGACCCUCACUCAUGCCAGGAGGAGACAAAGAAGCUUGGCCUCACAUCAAGGAGAUAUUUCAAAGCAUCGCUGCUAAAGUGAACACAGGGGAACCCUGUUGUGACUGGGUAGGAGAAGAAGGUGCAGGCCACUUUGUGAAGAUGGUACACAAUGGGAUUGAAUAUGGAGACAUGCAGCUGAUCUGUGAGGCCUACCACCUGAUGAAGGAUGUACUGGGCAUGGAAGUUUUUGGAGAAUGGAAUAAGACAGAGCUGGAUUCUUUCCUGAUUGAAAUCACCGCCAACAUCUUCAAGUUCAGGGACUCCGAUGGCAAACACCUGCUCCCAAAGAUCAGGGACAGUGCAGGUCAAAAAGGCACUGGGAAGUGGACAGCCAUCUCAGCCCUGGAAUACGGAGUUCCUGUCACACUCAUUGGUGAGGCUGUUUUUGCACGGUGCUUAUCUUCCCUCAAGGAUGAGAGGGUUCAAGCCAGCAAACGGUUGGAUGGGCCCAAAAUUACUCCAUUCCGUGAGGACAAGAAGGUAUUUCUGGAAGAUAUUCGCAAGGCGCAAGAUUGUAGCAUCAGGCCAGAGUAUGCUUGUGUGCUUCCGUUUGGAGGUGGCUGCUUUGCAGCUCCAUGCACCAAGAGUAAUGGGGACACCGUGCCAGUAAUUGGGUGUCCCUCUUGCAAUCUCAUUAUUGGUUUCUCCAUCAAGGUUUUUGGAGAAUGGAAUAAGACAGAGCUGGAUUCUUUCCUGAUUGAAAUCACCGCCAACAUCUUCAAGUUCAGGGACUCCGAUGGCAAACACCUGCUCCCAAAGAUCAGGGACAGUGCAGGUCAAAAAGGCACUGGGAAGUGGACAGCCAUCUCAGCCCUGGAAUACGGAGUUCCUGUCACACUCAUUGGUGAGGCUGUUUUUGCACGGUGCUUAUCUUCCCUCAAGGAUGAGAGGGUUCAAGCCAGCAAACGGUUGGAUGGGCCCAAAAUUACUCCAUUCCGUGAGGACAAGAAGGUAUUUCUGGAAGAUAUUCGCAAGGCUCUUUAUGCCUCCAAGAUUAUCUCCUAUGCUCAAGGCUUCAUGCUGCUGAGACAGGCAGCCAAAGAAUUUGGCUGGACAAUUAACUAUGGUGGCAUUGCAUUGAUGUGGAGGGGAGGCUGCAUCAUCAGAAGUGCGUUCCUGGGGAAGAUCAAAGAUGCUUUUGACCGAAACCCUGAUCUCCAGAACCUGUUACUGGACAACUUCUUUAAGAAGGCUGUGGAGGACUGUCAGGACUCCUGGCGACGUGUUAUCAGCACUGGAGUCCGGAUAGGCAUUCCUAUGCCCUGCUUCACUACAGCACUUUCUUUUUAUGAUGGAUACAGGCAUGAAAUUCUGCCAGCUAACCUGAUUCAGGCACAGCGUGAUUACUUUGGUGCUCAUACCUAUGAACUAUUAUCAAAACCAGGGGAAUUUAUUCAUACUAACUGGACAGGUCAUGGAGGAAAUGUGUCCUCUUCAUCCUACAAUGCCUAGUGGAAUAAUUUCAUCUGGAAGCUGAGAUACUGUAGAUCCGAGACAUUCCUCUUGCUGGCAACUCUUUACUUACACUGCAAUUGGCUAGAGUUUAUGUCUGGGCCUUUUUAUAAUAACUUGUAUGUGUAUGUCUUGUAAAGAAGGAAAAUAAACUCACUUAUAAAUGUGGGGUGUUUUCUAGA